CAAAACUUCUAGAAGAACAGACAAAGAGAAGCAGGAGCAAUACACCUAAGUAAUCCAGCGAGCACCAGAACAAUUCCACUGAACAGAAAGUUUCUCCAGUCUAGCGCCUGGACGAAAGGAACUGCUGGAGUCAUGAAUGCCUCACUCUUUCUCUCUGCUCUCGCUUUUGUUCUCCUUGCUGGAGAGAGCACAGCUUGGUACUAUAAUGCCUCCAGGGAGCUCAUGACGUAUGAUGAAGCCAGUGCGUAUUGUCAGCGGGACUACACACAUCUGGUGGCAAUUCAGAACAAGGAAGAGAUUAACUACCUAAACUCCAAUCUGAAACAUUCACCAAGUUACUACUGGAUUGGAAUCAGAAAAGUCAAUAACGUAUGGAUCUGGGUGGGGACCCAGAAGCCCCUGACAGAGGAAGCUAAGAACUGGGCUCCAGGUGAACCAAACAACAAGCAAAGAAAUGAGGACUGUGUAGAGAUCUACAUCCAACGACCCAAAGACUCGGGCAUGUGGAAUGACGAGAGAUGUGACAAAAAGAAACUGGCUCUGUGCUACACAGCUUCGUGUACCAAUGCAUCCUGCAGUGGUCAUGGUGAAUGUGUAGAGACCAUCAAUAGUUACACCUGCAAGUGCCACCCUGGUUUCCUAGGACCCAACUGUGAGCAAGCUGUGACUUGCAAACCACAGGAAUACCCUGACCAUGGAAGCCUGAACUGCUCCCACCCAUUCGGCCUUUUCAGCUAUAAUUCCUCCUGCUCCUUCAGCUGUAAGAGGGGCUACCUGCCCAGCAGCAUGGAGACCACCGUGCGGUGUAUGUCCUCUGGAGAGUGGAGUGCGCCUGCUCCAGCCUGCCAUGUGGUUGAAUGCGAAGCUUUGACCCACCCUGCCCACGGAAUUAGGAAAUGUUCCUCAAAUCCUGGAAGCUACCCAUGGAACACGACGUGCGCGUUUGACUGUGUGGAAGGGUACAGGCGAGUUGGAGCUCAGAAUCUACUGUGUACCUCAUCCGGCAUCUGGGACAAUGAGAUGCCAUCGUGCAAAGCUGUGACCUGUGACGCCAUCCCUCAGCUUCAGAAUGGCUUUGUGAGCUGUAGCAACUCAACAGCUGGAGAACUCACCUUUAAGUCAUCCUGUAACUUCACCUGUGAGCAGAGUUUCAUGUUGCAGGGACCAGCACAGGUUGAAUGCAGCGCACAAGGGCAGUGGACACCACAAAUCCCAGUGUGCAAAGCUUUCCAGUGUGAAGCCUUAUCUGCGCCACAGCGAGGCGACAUGAAAUGUCUUCCCAGUGCUUCUGGGCCUUUCCAAAAUGGGUCCAGUUGUGAGUUCUCCUGUGAAGAAGGAUUUGAAUUGAAGGGAUCGAGAAGGCUUCAGUGUGGUCUGAGAGGGCAGUGGGAUAGCAAGAAGCCCAUGUGUUCAGUUGUGAAAUGUGAUGAUGUCCCUCGGCUCCAGAAUGGUGUCAUGGAGUGUGCUCAUGCUACUACUGGGGAAUUCACCUACAAGUCCUCAUGUGCCUUUCAAUGCAACGAGGGCUUUAGAUUGCAUGGCUCAGCUCAACUUGAGUGCACAUCCCAGGGAAAGUGGACCCAGGAAGUCCCCUCCUGCCAAGCAGUACAAUGUCCAAGCCUUGACAUUCUGGGAAAGAUGAACAUGAGCUGCAGUGGGACAGCAGUUUUCGGCACAGUGUGUGAAUUUACAUGUCCUGAUGAUUGGACACUCAAUGGAUCUGCAGUUCUGACAUGUGGUGCCACGGGACGCUGGUCUGGGAUGCCGCCUACCUGUGAAGCCCCGGCCAGCCCCACCCAUCCCUUGGUAGUUGCACUUUCUACGGCAGGAACCUCACUCCUGACAUUGUCCUCAUUGCUCUACUUGUUGAUGAAAUACUUUCGGAAGAAAGCAAAGAAAUUUGUUCCUGCUAGCAGCUGCCAAAGCCUUCAAUCGUUUGGAAACUACCAUGUGCCUUCUUACAACGUCUAG